AUCUAAGAGAGAGUCGGAACGUUAAGGCUCGGCCAGCGCCUGUUCUGUUCUUCACCAAAGAAAGAAAGAAACUAACCGGAGAGUGCAGAAAAUUCUAGUUCUAUAUUGAAGGCUUAAGGAAAUGGCAGAAGGUGAGGAUAUUCAACCUCUUGUAUGCGACAAUGGUACUGGAAUGGUCAAGGCUGGAUUUGCUGGAGAUGAUGCUCCAAGGGCUGUAUUUCCUAGCAUUGUAGGUCGCCCUCGCCAUACUGGUGUGAUGGUUGGUAUGGGCCAAAAAGAUGCCUAUGUUGGUGAUGAGGCUCAAUCAAAGAGAGGUAUUUUAACUUUGAAAUACCCAAUUGAGCAUGGUAUUGUUAACAAUUGGGAUGACAUGGAGAAAAUUUGGCAUCACACCUUCUACAAUGAGCUCCGUGUAGCUCCUGAAGAGCAUCCAGUUCUCCUUACUGAAGCUCCUCUCAACCCUAAGGCCAAUCGUGAGAAAAUGACCCAGAUUAUGUUUGAGACCUUUAAUACUCCUGCAAUGUAUGUUGCUAUCCAGGCUGUCCUUUCCCUUUAUGCCAGCGGUCGUACCACUGGUAUUGUUCUGGACUCUGGAGAUGGUGUGAGCCACACAGUUCCCAUCUACGAAGGCUAUGCCCUCCCACAUGCCAUUCUACGUUUGGAUCUGGCAGGUCGUGAUCUCACUGAUGCACUUAUGAAAAUUUUGACUGAACGUGGUUACUCUUUCACCACCAGUGCCGAGCGAGAAAUUGUUAGAGAUAUGAAGGAGAAGCUAUCCUAUAUUGCUCUUGACUAUGAACAAGAGCUAGAGACAUCAAAGACCAGCUCAUCUGUUGAGAAGAGCUAUGAGCUUCCAGAUGGGCAGGUUAUCACCAUUGGAAAUGAGCGAUUCCGUUGUCCAGAAGUCCUCUUCCAACCAUCUAUGAUUGGGAUGGAAUCUGCUGGCAUCCAUGAAACCACUUACAACUCUAUCAUGAAAUGUGACGUGGAUAUUAGGAAGGAUCUCUAUGGUAAUAUUGUUCUUAGUGGUGGCACCACUAUGUUCCCUGGCAUUGCUGAUAGGAUGAGCAAGGAGAUAAGUGCAUUAGCUCCCAGCAGCAUGAAGAUUAAGGUGGUGGCACCACCAGAAAGGAAGUACAGUGUCUGGAUAGGAGGCUCCAUUUUGGCAUCCCUUAGCACCUUCCAGCAGUGCAGAUGUGGAUUGCAAAGGCAGAGUAUGAUGAAUCUGGGCCAUCAAUUGUCCACAGGAAAUGCUUCUAAUCAUGCAAAGCUAAAGGCUAAAGAGAAACACAAUUACAGUUUCUUUUUCUUUUUUUUUUUUUUUUCUUUUUUGUUGCAAAAGCUUCUAAUCAAUUGGUUGCAAAAUUUUCUUCUCUAUUUUAUUUCCAUCUUUUUAUUAUUAUUAUUUUUUUCUGUUUUGAUCUGUUAAUGUCUGGACAAGGGCGAGUGGAUCAAAUUUAUUAUUCUUUUUUUUUUUUUUUUGCCUUUUUAAAGUUGUUAUUGAUUGUAGAAGAGUUGUUUAUUGUAACUGAAUUGGUUUGGAUUAAUAUUUUUCAGGGAGUCAUUACAUUAUUGUUACUUGAGGAUUAUUUCAAUUAAAUAAAAUCAGUAAUUAUAUACCUUUC